CAUUGAUAGGUGGCACUGACUGGCACUGAUGGGUGACACUGAAAGGCAGCUCAGAUGGGCACUGAUAUGUGGCAUUGAUGUGCACUGGUAGGCACUGAUAUGUGGCAUUGAUGUGGCACUGAUGGGCACUGGCACGUGGCACUGAUGAGCACUGACAGCUGGCACUGAUGGACACUGACAAGUGGCACUGCUGGGGCUACACUGAUCAUCAGGGCACACUGAUCAUCAGUGCACUGAUGAUCACUGUCAGCGUGACAGCUCGAGAGGAGAGAAAUGCCGAUAACCGGCAUUUCCCUGUUUACAUGUGAUCAGCUGUGAUUGG